AUGGGUUGCGGGGCUUCAGCUUUGUCGGUGCUGGACCAUGCGAUCGGAUACCACAAGGUCACUGGAGAAUCGUUUGCUGUGAAGAUCCUUGAGCAAGAUCAUCCCGAGUUCAACAAGAACGACCUCAAGAAAGAGACCGAGAUGAUGAGGAUGGUGAAGCACCAGGGAUGCAUCCAACUCUUCGACGUCUUCGAGAACGAGAAGCACGUCUUCAUUGUUCUAGAGCUCGCUUCUGGAGGAGAGCUCUUCGAUCGCGUCAUUGAAAACGGCACCUUCAGUGAGAGGGAUGCAACUCUGCUCAUCAGCCAGGUGCUGGAAGCUGUGGCAUACCUGCACAGCCUCGGCAUCUGCCAUCGCGACUUGAAGCCCGAGAACGUCUUGAUGAAGUCCGACGAUCCAGCAAGCACGGACUACAACGUCGUCAAGCUCGCUGACUUUGGUCUCAGUACGUUGGGGACGUACCAGAACUCCAUGCACACAGCCUGCGGCACGCCCGAGUACGUGGCGCCUGAGAUCGUGAUGAGCAUCGGGGCGGACAAGCUCCCGAAGAAGUACUCUGCCAAGGUGGACAUCUGGGCGAUAGGAGUGAUCCUGUACGUCAUGCUGUGCGGCUUUCAGCCCUUCCAACUGGACAACCAGAAAGCCAUGUACGAUGCGAUCCUAGGGGGACAGUACGGGUUUCCUUCGCCUGAGUGGGACCCGAUUAGCCAGGAGGCCAAGAACUUCAUUUCCUUCGUCUUGCAGGUGAAUCCAAAGACCCGCCCGACAGCCCAGCAGUGCCUCAGGCAUCGCUGGAUCCUCGAGAUGGGAAUGGGACGUACGGAGAGUCUCAACCUCUCCAAGAGCUGCUGUGUCACAAGACUUCAAAGGAAUCAAAGGCUGCAUGGAUAA